GGGCUAUGGCUGUCCCGACGACUGCAGCGGAGGGGGUCCCGAGUCGGGGAGCACCCGGGGAAGUGAUUCAUCUGAACGUAGGGGGCAAGCGGUUCAGUACCUCUCGUCAGACGCUUACCUGGAUCCCAGACUCCUUCUUCUCCAGUCUUUUGAGCGGACGCAUCUCAACCCUGAAAGACGAGACCGGAGCUAUCUUCAUCGAUCGGGACCCUACCGUCUUUGCCCCCAUCCUCAAUUUCCUGCGGACCAAAGAGUUAGACCCCAGAGGUGUCCAUGGUUCCAGCCUCCUCCAUGAAGCCCAAUUCUAUGGGCUCACUCCACUGGUUCGUCGCCUGCAGGUGAGGGAAGAGUUGGAUCGAUCUUCCUGCGGAAACGUCCUCUUCAAUGGUUAUCUACCUCCUCCAGUGUUUCCAGUGAAGCGGCGGAACCGGCACAGCCUAGUGGGGCCCCAGCAAAUAGGGGGACGCCCAGCGCCUGUUCGACGGAGCAACACGAUGCCCCCCAACUUGGGCAAUGCGGGGCUACUGGGCCGGAUGCUGGAUGAAAGAGCGCCCCCAUCCCCGUUAGGUCAACCAGAGGAGCCGGGGAUGGUGCGCCUGGUGUGUGGUCACCACAACUGGAUCGCUGUGGCAUAUACCCACUUUCUCGUCUGUUACAGGCUGAAAGAAGCCUCGGGCUGGCAGCUCGUAUUCUCCAGCCCACGCCUGGACUGGCCCAUCGAGCGCCUGGCUCUCACUGCUCGGGUGCUGGGCGGUGCUCCGGGGGAGCACGACAAGAUGGUGGCCGCAGCCACCGGCAGUGAGAUCCUUCUUUGGGCGCUACAAGCACAAGGUGGUGGCUCUGAGAUAGGUGUCUUCCACCUGGGUGUGCCAGUUGAGGCCUUGUUCUUUGUUGGGAAUCAGCUCAUUGCCACAAGCCACACAGGGCGCAUCGGUGUCUGGAACGCCGUGACCAAGCACUGGCAGGUCCAGGAGGUCCAGCCUAUCACGAGUUAUGAUGCCGCCGGCUCCUUCCUGCUCCUGGGCUGCAGCAAUGGCUCCAUCUAUUACGUAGACGUGCAGAAAUUCCCCCUGCGCAUGAAGGACAACGACCUCCUUGUCAGUGAGCUCUUCCGAGACCCAGCAGAGGAUGGGGUCACCGCCCUCAGCGUCUACCUCACCCCCAAGACCAGUGACAGUGGGAACUGGAUUGAGAUUGCCUAUGGCACCAGUUCCGGGGUCGUGCGGGUCAUUGUGCAGCACCCUGAGACGGUGGGCUCGGGACCCCAGCUCUUCCAGACGUUCAGCGUGCACCGCAGCCCUGUCACCAAGAUCAUGCUGUCAGAGAAACACCUCAUCUCUGUGUGUGCCGACAACAACCACGUUCGGACAUGGUCUGUGACCCGCUUCCGAGGCAUGAUCUCCACCCAGCCGGGUUCCACUCCGCUAGCAUCCUUCAAGAUCCUGGCGCUGGAGUCGGCCGACGGGCUCGGCGGCUGCAGUGCGGGCAAUGACAUCGGUCCCUAUGGCGAGCGGGACGACCAGCAGGUGUUCAUCCAGAAGGUGGUGCCAAAUGCCAGCCAGCUAUUUGUACGUCUCUCCUCCACUGGGCAGCGGGUGUGCUCCGUGCGCUCAGUGGACGGCUCUCCCACUACUGCGUUCACGGUGUUGGAGUGCGAGGGCUCCAGGCGACUGGGCUCCCGACCCCGACGUUACCUGCUCACCGGCCAGGCCAACGGCAGCCUGGCCAUGUGGGACCUCACCACUGCCAUGGAUGGCCUGGGCCAAGCUCCUGCAGGCGGCCUGACGGAAGAGGAGCUGAUGGACCAACUGGAGCAGUGUGACCUGAGCCCCUUGGCCUCCGCCCGGGGCUCUUUCCCCAGCCCCUCCCCCAGGACCUCUCUCACCAGUCUCCACUCAGCCUCCAGCAACACCUCCCUGUGUGGCCACAGAGCGAGCCCCAGCCCACCACAGGCAGAGGCCCGGCGCCGCGGGGCAGGAAGCUUCGUGGAUCGGUGUCAGGAACUGGCAAAGGGUGCAGCAGAGCCCCGACGGCCACCGACACCAGCCCCUCGACCCUCCGCCAGUCUUGGGAGUCCCCUGAUAAUUUCCAAGAACACUCUUAAUGAAACUUCCUUUUGAAUCUAGCCACCACCGUGCCUUCAUAUGGACUGGUCCCAGGGGAUGCGGGACUCGGGGGUGGGGGGGCUUCCUGUUGGAGCCAAGGCCAGGGGCUCCUUCUUGUGAUCGUUGUCACCAGGUUCCCUCCUCUCUCCUUUUGUAAACGCCAAAGCCACCGUCUCUAAUAAAACCCUCACUGCCAAAACUGUU